AUGCCUCAUCACUGUAUUGAACGACCGGACAGCGUGACAACGAAACUACGAGUCGUUUUCGACGCUUCGUGUGCUAGUGACACUGGACUGUCCCUGAACGACACUUUAUUGGUUGGGCCGGUCGUACAAGACGACCUAUAUAGUAUGCUUCUCCGAUUCCGGCUUGAACGUUUCGCUAUUGUAGCUGAUCUGGAGAAAAUGUAUCGCAUCGACACCGUUCCUCGCAACCCGCAACAACUCGCCGAAGGCGGGAAAUCGCAACAUCCCAUGGCAGCUAAAAUGCUAUUCAAAAAUUUCUAUAUUGAUGAUCUGCUCUGUGGCGUCACGACGGAAGAAGAAGGAGUUGAGCUAUACAAUCAGCUGAUCGGUCUGUUGCAAUCGGCCGGUUUCAAAUUGCAACAAGUACCAAGGUGGACCGUUGACUCGCCUAUCAUCAAACGGCUGGUGCUGUCCGAUGCAGCGCGUUUAUUCGACCCCCUCGGUCUGGUGGGCCCAACAGUUCUGCGUUCGAAACUGUUUAUGCGGCAGUUGUGGUUGUCCAAGCUUUCCUGGGACACGCCAUUAACCGCUACGCUCCAAGAUACCUGGAAGGAGUUUCGCGAUGUUUUGGAGGUAUUGCGGACAUUUUCAAUUCCACGAUGGGCGGUUUCUUACGCAGACCCAGUAACCAUCGAACUACAUAGGUUUUGCGAUGCAUUCGAGCGCACUUACGGUGCUUGUCUAUACGUUCGCACUGUAACCGCUACAGGAUCGACUUCUGUAAAUUUGUUAACCGCUAAAUCGAAGGUAGCUCCCACAAACACUGGAGAGGGCCAACGAAGAAUCUCUUUACCUCGCCUGGAACUUUCAUCGGCACUACUGCUCAGUCAUUUGUAUGACAAAGUGAAGAGCAGUUUUCCAGCUUCCACUCGUACUUUCUUCUGGACGGAUUCAAUGAUAGUCGUCCAUUGGCUAGCCGCAUCACCCAACCGAUGGAAAAAGUUUGUGGCUAACCGAGUAGCCGAAAUUCAACAGAUCACUACACCCGGAACCCGGGGUCACGUGGCGGGGAUCGAAAAUCCGGCCGAUGCUAUUUCACGUGGUAUGAGGGCAGCACUACUAAUCGAUUUUGACAUUUGGUGGAAAGGUCCGGCGUGGCUGAACCAACCGAAAAGAUUCUGGCCAAAUAUUGUUCGGACAUCCGACUGUAUAUUCGACGCAGAUCAACUAGAGGAGAACCCCGCUACCUCGCUACCAAUUGUGCACGAAGCCUUGAACAUCUUCAAGCUGAAAUCAUCAUUGACCGACCUCGUUCGUAUAGUCGGUUAUAUUCGUCGAUUCAUCUCUAACGCCAGAGAAAAGGACAGAAGAUCCCGCCAGAAUGGACUACUCACCACAGUAGAGCUGGAGAUGGCUCUCCAAAACCGUGUACGAGUAUCACAGCAGGAAUCAUUCCCUAAUGACAUUGGAAGCAUAAAAUCGUCGGGCCAAGUGAAACCAACUUCAAAGCUCAAAUCGCUGUCCCCAAUUCUCGGCGUCGGUAUACUACGAGUUCGAGGCCGCCUACACAAUGCUCCAAUUCCAUAUAGCCAAAAACAACCGAUGAUUCUUGACAGUAAACAUCCUUUGACGCUGCUGAUAAACCGAGAUCAAAUUGUUCGACUGUGUUCGGACGAAGGCAUUCAGUUCAGAUUCAUUCCUCCACGUUCGCCACAUUUCGGUGGUAUUUGGGAGGCUGCGGUUAAAUCCCUGAAAACGCAUCUCUACCGCACACUAAAGAAUGCCCUGGUGACCAACGAACAGAUGCAGACUGUUUUAACGCAAGUUGAGGCUUGCCUAAACUUUAGGCCUCUCACGCAACUCAGCGAUGAUCCGGAAGACUUGGAUGUUUUAACGCCAGGACAUUUUUUAGUACACCGUCCACUGACUGCUAUAGUGGAACCGUCUUACGAAGAAAUCCCUACCAAUCGUUUGUCGCAGUGGCAGACGAUUCAAGAAUUCAUCCGUCGCCUCUGGAAGCGGUGGUCAAGUGAAUACCUGUCAGGUCUUCAGCAGCGGACUCGAUGGACACACGAACGAAACGACGUCCACAUUGGCACGAUGGUGCUAGUCAAAGACGACCAUUUGCCACCAAUGAAGUGGCGUUUCGGACGAAUAGUGGACACAACACCCGGACCCGACGGACACGUCCGUGUAGUCAACAUCCGCACCAAGGACGGCAUUUAUCAACGGGCAAUUACACGUAUCUGCGUUUUGCCGAUUCAAGACAACCAGCAACCUCAUAACGAAGUUUAG